AUGGCUGAAGUUGAUGUCACAGCUAUAACAUCGACGGAGACAUACACAAGAACAAUUGAUAAUCAAAAUAAUGCGGAACCCGAAUCAUCCUACGUUGCUCCGUUCGCUAGAGCUAAAAUUGGAAACUUUUUUCAAGAGAGGCCGUCGCUUGGAAAUCAUUAUGAAGAAGAUCCAACACUUAAAUCAUAUUUAAAACGUCAUAUUCCUCCGGACAUUUUUGCCUCUAAAGUGGAACCUGACUUGCACAACUUUGGUCAGAGAGUAACGGAAGAGAUUGCUGACCUUGGUCAACAAUGUGACACAGAGUUGCCAUAUGUGGAACACUUUGACCCCUGGGGUCAAAGGAUUGACCGACUGGUCACAUGUCCAGCAUGGAAGAAGAUGCACGACAUCUCAGCAGAAGAAGGCAUUAUUUCUAUUGCAUACAACAGGGAAGUUGGGGAACACAGUCGUCUCCACCAGAUGGCGAAAGUGUACCUGUUUGCCUCAUUUUCGGGUUUAUACUCAUGCCCCAUAGCUAUGACGGAUGGGGCUGCUAAAAUUAUAGAGAAUUUGGCUCCAAAGUAUCCGUGGUUGAAAGAGAGGGCGUUCAGACAUUUGACCAGUCGAGAGCCCGGUCAUUUCUGGACCUCUGGACAAUGGAUGACCGAGAGAAAGGGUGGAUCAGAUGUAGCUAAUGGUACAGAAACGGUUGCCAUACCACAAGACGAUGGGAGUUUCCGACUCCAUGGAUACAAGUGGUUCUCCUCGGCAACCGAUGCUGACAUCACAUUCACAUUGGCCAGAGUUGUCGGAAAGGAUGGACAAACUACAACGGGAACUCGUGGAUUGUCGUUAUUCUACUUAGAGGUCCACAAUUCUGACGGAAGUCUCAACAACAUACAGAUUCAGAAACUGAAAAACAAGCUCGGGACCAAACAAGUUCCUACGGCUGAACUUCUGCUGGACGGAACUAUUGCCCAUAAGGUGUCGGAGGAAGGUCGCGGUGUGGCGUCCAUUUCCAGUAUGUUGACUUUGUCAAGGAUACACAAUGCUUUAGCAUCAGCUUCAGCAAUGAGAAGAGUAGUCAGCACAGCUAGGGAUUACAGCACCCGGCGGUCGGCUUUUGGAAAUGUUUUGAAGAACUACCCUCUCCAUAUACAGACAUUGGCAAGACUGGAGGUUGAAGUUCGAGGUGCCACCCUACUUACUCUUGAAGCGGCCAGAUUGUUGGGAAGGGAGGAUGUUGGAAAAGCCACUGAGCAUGAGCAGAUGUUGCUUCGGCUGUUGACUCCUUUGGCCAAACUUUACACAGCAAAGCAGGCGAUGUCUGUAGUGUCUGAAGGUUUGGAGAGCUUUGGAGGACAGGGCUACAUAGAAGAUACCGGAUUACCUGGCCUGCUAAGAGAUGCCCAGGUGCUGCCUAUAUGGGAGGGGACAACCAAUGUCCUUUCAUUGGAUGUACUGAGGGCUCUAAUGAAGACCAAGGGCGGGGCACUCCAGGUCUGGCAUGAUGACGUCAUCUCCAGGGUCCAAUCUGCUGGUCAACACAAGGAGCUCUCAGAAGCAGCAGAAAAAGUCACCAAGUGUGCAUCUUCUGUCGUUGGUUUUGCACAAAAACAUUCCGAUGUGUUUGACAAAGCAGCUCGAGACUUUGCCUACAGUUUGUCAAGGACAUUUAUAGGUGCCCUCUUGGUACAGCAUGCUGUGGAGGCUGGCUCCGACCCAACAGACAUCUACGCAGCACAAAGAUGGUGUGAGAAGGAUUUGACUCCAGUAAUUACAAACCAGAGCAGACGACACUUUUCCUCAGACACCGCUGACCAGGACUUCCAACUCCUCUUCAAAAAUUACCAUGAUGAAGGUCGACUGUAGAUCAAGGUCACAGUCAUGACCAUGAAGGUCAUAGACACAAUGAAGGUCGUUUAUGCAGAAGUUUUAUAUAAUAUAUAUAAAUUCAGAGGUUAUUUUACGAUAUCUUAUUGAAAAGCAUAGAUAUUUCACAGACUUAAAUACAAAGGCAAAAACGGUCUGCCUGGAAUAUAUAUGUGCAAAUAUAGGUAAGCGUUGAGCUGCUUACAUUGGCUGUCAAAACAUGCCAACUGGAAAUUACGAAUUCUACGAAUGUCACCUGAAAGUAGUUCAAUACUUAUCUUUUUUGAUAUUUCACUAUAAUGUCCUAGAAAAUUAAAUUAAUUUAUUGAAAUUCAGCAUUCAAUUCAAAUUUAUAUGUACAUAUUGUAUGUUUGUUUAAUGAAUAGUUCAGACAUCUUCCAGGAAGGUCAUAUUAUCUAAUGUUACAAAUGUAAUGUUGUGAUAAUGAUGACGUCAUCGAUUGUGCCUUGACUAAUAUAGCCAUUAUAAGUAUUGUAGGGUAAGGUAGUGGCAAUGCUAUACAGUAGUAUAUAUAAUACUGACAUAUAGAAUGUCAUGUUGACGUGUAUUUAUUUUCAAUGUUGCAGUUGAAAUUACAAUUAUUUUUGUAUAGCAAAUAUAUGAACGGUUUAAUGAGUGGAAUACAAAUGUACCAGCAGCUAGAUCACAAUAUGUUGUAUAAAGGAAAUGGUUUAUAAAUACAAAGCUACGGGAUAGAAAGUAUGGUGUGUUAUGUAGCACCGUUUCUAACAUCUUAUUGCAGAUAAAUUUAAUGAUGUUUGCACAUUUUUGAUUUUUUUUUAUGAAAUAUUGAUAUUCUGCGUGCUAUAAUCAUCUGAAAUGUUCAUGUUGUCCAUUUUGUCAGAAAUGUUAGGCUUAAAUUUUGAAUGUUGAAGUGAUUCUUGAGGAUUUUAUUAGUCAAGAGAACAUCAGUUUUAUUUAGAGACAUAUGUCCUGUUUUUGUGAGGUGCAAAUUGUGUGACUAUAUUUUGGUGUUUUAAGUUUUUUCAUUUUUUUUUUCUUUUACUAUAAGUGAUAAGUAUCAUUAAUGUUUUUACUUUGCAAUUGGAUAACCUUGUAAAGAUAUGUAAUUUAUAAAUAAUUUUGUAUGCACAAACUUAAAAAAGUCAACCUCAGAUAAUCUAGUCACCACGUCCAGUAGUCCUGACCUCUGGCCAGUGUUUGGGGAACCCCUUUACCAGUAAUCCAACUGUUCAUUGUCUACACAAAUCUAAACUUGUAAACAAAUGAAUCAUGUACUGCAGAACGAAAAAUGUUUGUGGGCACCUUUCUUCGUGGUUUGAGGAUAUUUAGAUCAUUUUGUGGUACAAACUUUUGUACAUAUGCCACAUAGACAAACAGUUGUCAAUAUGUCAAGCAUAUAUUAGCUGAAGUAACUGCUAAAUUUGAUCUUUAAAUGAAAUUUAUCUUUGUUUAAAACUUGAGCAUAUCUGUGAUUUUCAUUAUGCAUGUUUUUUGUACAGUAAAAUUAGAAAUAAGAAACCUCCAGAAAUCCAUGAGGUCAGUCUGCUACAGCGCGAAUGUGUUUACAGUUAUAUUGAUAGUUUGUCAUGGUGACUAAAAGGAUGUUUGUGGUUAACAGAUUUCGCUGUACAUUACACUCAAAUUGAAAUUAUGUUUUGUUAAGAAAUAUUAAGUACCCAGAGAGAGCCUACACGAACGGGCAAGUGACCCCAUAACCUUACAUGUUGUUAAGUAAAAAAGUUCACAAAGUUGAAAUUUCAUAGUAAAAAUUGAUAGAUUUUGUUUAUGAUUUUCAUGUUUGAUAGUUUUAUUUCAAAUCAUUUCAUUCAUUAAGUUUGAGAACACGGAAAUUUGUUUUGUACUUCAUAAUGGUCUUUUACAACUAUUGAAUGUGAUUGUGUAUUAAAAUUUGUUGAUUUUUGUUUCCAAAAAAAUCAAACUGUUUAUGACAGUUUGAGAUUUUUUUGGAUAUGUAAAAUUUGAGAAAUUAAAUCUGCUAUAGCAUUACCAACUACAUGCUUAUUUUAUGAUUGGAAUAGAAUUAUUACAUAAUUUCUCCAUGACAAAUCUGAUGUAAACUGUAAUCCUUGUCAAUGUUGUCAAAAUACUCCAGCAUUUAAAAUCAUAUUUUGACACUGCAGUGAAGAUAUGAAGUGCUUUCAUUUAGCAUUCACAAUCAAUAGAAUUAACGAGUCCCUGUACAGUGUGUCAUGCUAUAACUGUGCGGUUUGGUCUGUAGAGAUUUACUGGAUGAAAUCAAAGUCUGAUGCCAAUAAAGAUAAUGAAAUCUUC